GUCAACGCUUCGAACGGCGUCCCCGUCUACGACCAGAUCGCCCGGCAGGUGGCGUUCGCGGUCGCCGACGGCGUGCUGACGACCGGGGACCUCGUGCCGAGCGUCCGCGAGCUCGCCAAAGAAAUCGCCGUCAACCCGAACACCGUCGCCCGCGCGUACCGCGAGCUGCAAACGCAGGGCGUCGUCGAACCGGCGCCGGGCAUCGGCUUGGUCGUCUGCGCCGGCGCGCGACGCGCUUGCCAAUCGCAGCGACGGUCGUUGCUGCGUGAACGCGUCCGCAGCAUGCUGCGUGAAACGCUCGACGCGGGCCUGCCGCCCCACGAGGCCCGUGACCUUGUCCUCGGUGAACUCGACAAGAUCAUCAAAGGGGUCACCAAACGCUUCGGCCGCCACACGGCCGUCGAUGACGUGUCGCUCAACGUGCCGCGGAGCAGCGUCUUUGCACUCCUCGGUGAGAACGGCGCCGGCAAGACGACGCUCGUGCGGAUGCUGUUGGGGCUCGAAACGCCCGACGCCGGCCGGCUGACGGUGCUCGGCUUGUCGAGCCGAAAGGAGGGCGACGCCAUCCGCCAGCGCAUCGGCUACGUCCCCGAACGGCCCACGCUGUACGAGUGGAUGACGGCCGCCGAGAUCGGCUGGUUCACCGCGGGCUUCUACGCCGACGGCUUCGAGCAGCAUUACCGCAACCUGCUCGACUUCUACCGCGUGCCGCUGAAACGGAAGAUCAAGCACAUGUCCAAAGGCAUGCGCGCGAAGGUCGCGCUGGCCCUGGCGAUGGGGCAUCAGCCCGAGCUGCUGGUGCUCGACGAACCGACGUCGGGACUCGACACCUUAGUGCGGCGCGAGUUCCUCGAAAGCAUGGUCGAUAUCGCCGCCGAGGGCCGCACC